AGUACCAUAAGCUCCAUCCAUCGAUCAUAAAUUAAACCAAACUUUCAAAUAAUUAAAGCAUACCAAAACAAUGAAAAUCACAUUGCUAAUAUUUGUCAUUUUUUUUGCCUUCUUAAGCACACAACCACUUCUUGGAGCAGCCGAUGCUUCAAAUGAACAAGUGGUUGACACAUUAGGCAAGAAACUCCGAGCUGAUACUAAUUACUAUAUUCUUCCGGUUAUACCUAUUUCGAGAGGUGGUGCAAGUCUUGGCCUUGCAAGCAUUGGACAAAGAUAUCCUCUUGAUGUUGUUGUCGUUAAUAGAUAUCAAGGCUUGCCACUUUCUUUUACACCUGUUAACCCAAAAAAAGGUGUUAUUCGUGUCUCCACUGAUUUAAACAUCAAGUUCUCAUCUCGUCGUUCUAUUCCAGAUCGUUCCACUGUGUGGAAGCUUGAUCGUUUUGAUUUUUCUAAGCGACAAUGGUUUGUGACUACUGGGGGUGUUGUAGGAAAUCCAGGUCGGGAAACUAUAAAUAAUUGGUUCAAGAUUGAGAAAUAUGGCGAUGCUUAUAAAUUGGUGUUUUGUCCUAGCGUGGUGCAAUCUUUCAAGCAUUUGUGUAAGGAUGUUGGCGUGUUUGUGGAUGAAAAGGGAAAUAAACGUUUGGCUCUAAGUGAUGUUCCCCUCAAAGUUAAAUUUCAACAAGCUUGAUCUAUAAAGCUUCUCUUAAUUGUAUGCAUAAAAAUAUAUAAAUAUAUGUAUUUCCUUUUCAAUAAUGUUUAUUGGGAUCCUCAAAGUAUGUAUGGUUUCCUUGUUACAAAUGAAAUAAAUAAAAUCUAUUAAAGUA